AUGCACCUCAAAGAAACCCCUAAAACGCCGACAGAAACCCUCCUCUCCCUGGACGCAACAACCUGCCCCCUCCAAACCAUCCAAACACCAACCCCAGCAAAAAGAAAAUACCUCUACUUUGCCUACGGCUCGAAUCUUUCCCCAACACAAAUGGCCCAACGCUGCCAAAUAAACCCAACCCUCUCGUCCAAACCGCUAGGCAUCGCCUUCCUUCCCGGCUGGCGCUGGCUAAUCUGCGAAGCGGGGUACGCGAACGUCCUGCCUCCGCAAGGACUGCGCGUCGGCGGACAAACCAGUCCAGCCGCGAGUAAAGUCCCGCAAUCGGGCGCGGAGGAUGGCGUUUACGGGAUCCUUUAUGAGAUGGAUGUUGGCGAUGAGCGCAUUCUGGACGUGUAUGAGGGUGUGGAUUGGGAGGCGGAUUGCGCGGAGGGUGGGGCUGUGGGUGUUGAUGUGAGGCCGCGGGAGCAAGGGGAGGGGGAUUAUAAUAAGUGGUAUCUGGAGGCGGCGAUUGUGAGAUGGUUUGAUGCGAAGGAUGAGAGAGUGAGUCAGGAGAAGGGAAGUGUGUUUGUGCUUGUUUAUGUGGAUGAGGAGAGGGUUGUUGUUAGUUCGCCCAAGGCGGAGUAUGUUCCGAGGAUGAAUCGGGCUAUUCGGGAGUGUGUUGGAUUGAGUAUCGAGGAGAGAUGGAUUGAGGAGGUUUUGAGGCCUUUUAUUCCGCGGGAGUGA